UUUUAGGAGGUUUUAAGCAUCUAUUCCUCGUGUUCCGACGCAGCCACCAACCAUCUUUGAAUCUUCACCCCGACCCAAUGUCCACGCCUCCGAACGAAGCUCCGAAGGAGCAAUCCGACCCCAAGCCAGAAGACCCUCCUGCGGAUCAGCCAGGUUGGGAGCCUCCCGAAGCAGAGGAGCAGGAGGAGGAGGAAGAAGGAGAGUGCGGGUUUUGCCUCUUCAUGAAAGGGGGUGGCUGCAAAGACGCGUUUGUCGAUUGGGAAAAGUGCGUUCAAGAAGCCGAAACCAACAACCAGGAUCUCCUCGAAAAGUGCUCCCAGGUCACCGCCGCGCUUAAGCGCUGUAUGGACGCCCAUUCCGAUUACUACGAACCCAUUCUCCGCGCCGAGAAGCUCGCCGAGGAACAAGCCAUCAUUGAAUUGGAGAAGGAAAAGCAAAACUCGCAGCCAAACGAGGCCCAACCCCAACCCCAACCCCAACCUCAACCUCAACCUCAACCUCAACAUGCUUCUAGUCAAGACCAAAAGUGAGACCCUUUCAAUUUCAUACUUGUAACGUCAACGCUAAUAGAUUACAGUUACUUUUCACCCUCGCUCUCUCAUUUUUUUUGUCACAAUAAUUCGAAUGACGAAUAUUUUCUUACUGGGAAUUGGAUUCCCAGCCCUAAAUAUGUUCGAUUAAUGAUUUUAGUUCUGGUUUCUAUUUUUCUCUCUA